AUGUGUACGGAGUACUGCAUCUUGCAUAUGUGCUGGGCUCUCCUGCCCCGCAUCCCCAACCCACCCUCACCCUCACCAGCUAACCAACACCACACAACAGACCAACCCCCCUCAUCAAUCAAUCCUCAAGACCACCAACCCCCCUCAACCCUCCACCUCGGCGUCCUCCUCUUCCCCGGCUUCCAAUCCCUCGACGUCUUCGGACCCCUCGACUGCCUCAACAUCCUCUCCUGGGACCCCACCACCAACCCCACCCUCACCCUCUCCCUCAUCUCCACCACCCUCUCCCCGGUCCCAACACGACCCCCGCACCUCCCCACCGCCAUCUCCCAAUCCAUCCUCCCAACACACACCCUCACCACCGCGCCCCCUCUCGAUGUCCUCCUCAUCCCCGGUGGCUGGGGCACUCGCGCCCCCCUCCCCGAAUACAUCGAGUACAUUCGCACCGUCUACCCGGCCCUGAAGUACCUGCUGACCGUGUGUACCGGUGCAAGACUGGCCGCUAGAGCGGGCGUGUUGGACGGGAAACGAGCCACGACGAAUAAGUUGGAUUGGGAGGGGGUGGUGAGGCAGGCGCCGAAUGUCACUUGGGUGAGGGAGGCCAGGUGGGUGGUUGAUGGGAAGGUUUGGAGUUCGGCGGGGGUUAGUGCCGGAAUUGAUCUUUGUUUGGAUUGGGUGGAGCAUAUUUGGGGGGUGGAGGUCGCGGGGAAGGUGGAGAGGAUUGUGGAGUUUAGGAGGUGGAGGGAGGGGGGGAGGGAUCCGUUUGUUGUGGGUUAG